GAAGUAUCUUGUUGAACAGGGCGCUGAUGUAAAUGGCCAGGGUACUGACGGGUGGACAGUGUUGCACGCUGCUGUUACAAAAUCUACUCCAGAAGUUGUAAAAUAUCUUGUUGAAAAUGGCGCUGUUGUAAAUGGCAAGGAUACUACAGACGGCUGGACAGUACUGCACUAUGCUGUUUUCUAUAGUUCAUUGGAUAUGGUAAAAUAUCUUGUUGAACUGGGGGCAGAUGUAAAUGGCAAAAAGACCGAUGGGUGGACAGUCCUGCAUGAUGCUGUUAUAAAAGGUACGCUAGAAAAGGUAAAAUAUCUUGUUGAAAUGGGCGCUAAUGUGAAUGGUAAGAGGAAUGGCGGGUGGACGGUGCUUUACGAUGCAAUUUCUAAAGGUACGCUAGAAAUUGUAAAAUAUCUAGUAGAAAUGGGUGCUGAUGUGAAUGCCAAGGAUGUCACUUACGAUUGGACAAUGCUUCACUCUGCUGUUACUGAAGGUACGCCAGCAAUGGUAAAAUAUCUUCUUGAAAUGGGCGCUAAUGUAAAUAGCGAGGAUAGUAAGGGAUGGACGGUGCUACGCCAUGCAAUUUUUAAAGGCACACUAGAAAUAAUAGAAUGUCUUGUUGAACAUGGCGCUGAUGUUAAUGACAAAAAUGAAAUGCAUUCAGUUCUGCACUGUGCACUUUGUGUUACUCAAGAUACUUUAGAAAUAGUAAACUGCUCUGUUGAGAAAAGCGCUGAUGUCAAUUAUGAGAAGACUACAGGGGAAACAGUGUUGCACUCUGCUUUUUCUAAAGGCAGGACAGAUAUAGUAAAAUAUCUUGUUCAGAAGGGCGCCGAUGUAAAUGUCAAGAAUACUUACGGGAAGACAGUGCUGCACUCUGCUGUUACUGAAGGUAACUUAGAAAUGGUGAAAUAUCUUUUGGGAAAUGGCGCUGAUAUAAAUCUUAAGAAUACUCACGGAAGGACAGUGUUGCACAGUGUUGUUGUAAAAGGUUUGUUAGAAAUGGUAGAAUAUCUUGUCGAGAAUGGCGCUGAUGUAAAUGCUAAGGAUACUCAUGGGAAGACAGCGCUGCACUCUGCUGUUUCUGAAGGUGCGCUAGAGAUGGUCAAAUAUCUCGUGGGAAACGGCGCUGAUGGCGCUGACGUAAAUGCCCAGAGAAAUGACGGGAAGACAGUGCUAAACUCUGCUUUUUCUCAAGGUAUGCUAGAAAUGGUGGAAUAUCUUGUGGGAAAUGGCGCUGAUGUAAAUGAAAAAAAGAACAUCGGAUGGAGAGUGUUGCACUGUGCUGUUGUAAAAGGCUCGCUAGAAAUGAAAGGCGCUGAUGUAAAUGCUAAGAAUACUCUUGGUGAGACAGUGCUGCACUCUGCUAUUUCUGAAGGUCCGCUAGAAAUGGUGAAAUAUCUUGUGGGAAAUGGCGCUAAUAUAAAUGGAACAGAUGCUGACGGGUGGAGAGUUUUGAAUUGUGCUAUUGCAGUUGGUAAAUUAGACAUUGUUCAAUAUCUCGUUGACCAAGGUGCUGAUGUAAAUAGCACGAAUACUAACGGGGAGACAAUGCUGCACAGUGCUGUAAUAAUAGGUAUGCUAGAAAUGGUGGAAUAUCUUGUGGGAAAUGGCGCUGAUGUAAAUGAAAAAAAGAACAUCGGAUGGACAGUGUUGCACUGUGCUGUUGUGAAAGGUACGCUAGAAAUGGUGAAAUAUCUUGUUGAGAAAGGCGCUGAUAUAAAUGCCAAGAAUACUUUUGGGAAGACAGUGCUGCACUCUGCUAUUUCUGAAGAAAUGGUGAAAUAUCUUGUUGAGAAAGGCGCUGAUAUAAAUGCCAAGAAUACUUUUGGGGAGACAGUGCUGCACUCUGCUAUUUUUGAAGGUUCGCCAGAAAUGGUGAAAUAUCUUGUUGAGAAAGGCGCUGAUAUAAAUGCCAAGAAUACUCUUGGGGAGACAGUACUGCACUCUGCUGUCUCUGAAGGUAGGCUAGAAAUGGUGAAAUGUCUUGUGGGAAAUGGCGCUGAUGUAAAUGCAAAAAAGAAUAGCGGAUGGACAGUGUUGCACGGUGCUGUUGAAAAAGGUUCGCUAGAAAUGGUAGAAUAUCUUGUCGAGAACGGUGCUGAUAUAAAUGCCAAGGAUGCUAACGGAGGAACAGUCUUGCACCAUGCUGUUAGUGUUGAUGAUUUAGUAACUGUCAAGUAUUUAGUUGAACAGGGUGCUGAUGUUGGCACCACUGCCUUGGCACUCCUCCAAAUAGCUGUUGAAAACAACUUCAUUGCUUUGGUGAAUCUUCUUUAUGAGAAGGACAUCGCGAUGUGGAGAGAGCAAACGAUUAUUGUUAAAAGGCGAGGAAUGAAUCUUCUUGAAUUGAGCAUCCACCUUGGGCAUGAUGAAAUUGCAACUAUCUUUAAAAGGUCCGUAAAACAUCGUGAGAAAAUUCAGAAUUUGAAAACAACGAACUGCAACCAGUUAGAAGAGAUUGGCAUUCCGAUGCAGGCUUUUGUCGCCGACAAGAAAUUCAGAAUUGGCGAUGGUGGAUAUUCAAGUGUCUAUGUUGGUCUCAUGAAGGAUGGGACUGAAGUUGCUGUUAAGAAAAUGAUCGUACAAAAGUGUGAUGAAAUAGCUGAAAACGAAAGGAAAAUUAUGAAUCUUAUUAAAACAUGCGACUCGCCAUUUAUAUCUUGA